AUGCAUAAUUUAUUUUAACAUAAAAUAUAAAAAAGCAAUAAUAAAUAUAUAAAGAAGCCUUAUCAAAUAUCAUAUAACAAAGAAUAAUUUAUUUGUAAUUAAUUAGUGAUCGGUCUUGAUAGAAUUACAAUAAUUAUUAAUGCAUAUUCUAAUUAAUAUUUCUUAUUUCUAUUAAAAAAUUUAUUAAUGUUUUACAGAGAAGGAAAUACAUACACCAACGGAGAAUAUACCAUUUACGAAUAAAAAUAAAUAGGUAAGGGGGCUUAUGGUAUAGUUUUUGAAUGUACAAGAAAAAAUCGGAAUGAUAAUUUAUGUGCUAAAGUAUUUAUGACUUUUAAAUGAAGAUUAUUAAAUCGAUGACCAAUAAUUCUGAAUAUUUGAGCAGAGAAAGCUUUAUUAUAAAUACUUUACGUGAGGCCUGUCCUGAUAAUCCAAAUUUGAUUAAAGUAUACUAUUGUUAGUAUCAAAAAUUUGAAAAUAAUGAUGUUUUGAUAAUAAUUAUGGAAAAAUGUAGUUCUAAUUUAAAAGAUGACUUAUCUUAAAAAUAAAAAUACACUUCUGAUGAAGUCUUAAAUAUAUUAAAAUAAUUGUUAAACGGAUAUAAACCCUUAUAUGAAAAAUCAAUACUUCAUAGAGACAUUAAACCUGAAAACAUCUUAAUAUCUUUUGAUAAUUCAGGUAAACCUAUUUAUAAAUUGGGCGAUUUUGGAGUAGGUAAGAUUAACUCAUCUAAUGACACCACUAUUACAAAAGUAGGAACACCAGUUUAUGCAGCUCCAGAACUUAAUUGUCUUAUAAAUGACAGCAGUUUAGAUCAAGCGAUAAAGGAUUUAAAGCUGAUUUAAAAUGGAAAAAGCCAAGUUGAUGUUUAUUCGGUAUCAAAUUUAUUAAUAUUAGAUUGGAAUUAUGCUUUAUUAAUUUCUUUUCGGUGAACCUCCCUUUUAAACAUAGAACCCAGAUCAAGUCAAAACAUUUUUUUAGAAUCUAAAACACACUCCAUUCAAAAUAAAAGAACCAAUUAAAGACAUCAACUCUGAUCUUUUAACUUUGAUUGAAAAAAUGAUUGUCUACAAUCCUAAAGACAGAAUUAAAUUUUCUGAAAUUUAUUCACACAAACUAAUUAGUAUCUAAACUUAAUAGCCAACAAAAUUCGAUAAAAGAGCAACAAACCCAUUUCAAAAUUAAAAUUAAAAUCAAAAUACAUUUUCAAAUUAAAUUCCAUUUUAAAAUAAAAUUGUAUUUGCAAAUCAAAAUCAAUUUUAAAAUUCAGUUCCAACUUAAUUUUCAAUUCAAAAACAAAAUUUGAGAGCCACAAAUCCAAAUCCCCCUUAAACCCAAUUUAAUAAUCCAGGUCCUCGGAUGGGCACUUUAAAUUCAGUGCAAAUAGAUAAUAAGUAAAAUUAAUAAAUUAAUUUUUAACCUCCAUAAAAUUAAAUUUAACCUUAAAUAGGAUAAGCAUAAUUUACACCUUAAUUAGUAUAAUCAUAAUUUCAACCUUUAAAACCAUAAACAUAAGUUUAAACUUAAUAAAAUAACCAAUAAAUUCAAAUAGAUGAACUGUAAGAUACAAUCUUCUAUUUGUAAUCUUAAUUGUAAUCAAAUAAAUAUAUCUUAGAUCUGAAAAUUACUUUUUCUAUAGUAAAUAAACAAUACGAUUACUCAAAUAGGCUUUUGAUUCAGUAUAAAAAUGUGAUCAAAGUUAAAUUAAUAUUUACACAGAUAAAUUGAUGGAAUGUUAUAAAUUUUAAGAUAAAAAUGCUUAUUCUUUAGGAUUUCUCAAAUUUUAUUAUUGUCUUAUCAAUAAAAAAAAUAAAUUGAUUAUUUAAAGACAGUUUAAUAAUGAACAAGAGUUAAUAUAAGCAAUUAACAAUAUAUUGAAAUAAUGUCCUCCAAAAAGUUGA